AUAAUCCUCAUUAUAGUUAUGUAUGCACGAGCCAGCCAAUGACACACGCCACUGUUUACACACGCUUUUACGUCUCUCUUCUUAUCGUAUAGUAGCACUACACUGUGUGCUUGUGUGGACAAAGCCCAAGAGUGUAUUGACAGUCUGAUAGCAGUAGUCAUAAAUAUCAGUACCGGGUAGUCUAUCAGUUUCACUUGGGUUGACACUCAUACAUCCUCUCUGAAACAAUUGGAAGACCAAGAUCUACAGUAUCUUUACUUUGGAGGAUACAAGUCAUUUUGGUAUGAUCUUUUGUGUAACAAUAUUUUCUUCUGGAAGGGCAGAUACAGUAGUAGGGUGUCCUAUUGUCCUACACAUACAAUUGGCAUGACGUAACCCACAUAUUCCAGCCAAUCACAAUGUUGUGAUUCAUCUUCUGUAACAACACUCGUAAACCGGAGCAUUUCUCUAGAGGCAAGAUGGCACGAAGGUGUGUUUUCCAAGCGACCCUCCUGCUCCUGAUCAUUUGGUGUGGGCUGAGUUUGGCCCAAGUCUCUAGUCCCGAGCCCACUGCAGAGGCAACGGCAACCAGCGAACCUGAGCCUACCCCUGAAGGUACCAGCGAACCUGAGCCUACCCCUGAAGGUACCAGCGAACCCUCUCCUCAUCCAGAAGUUGAACCAGAACCUGAGGGAGGAGCUGAGCCUGAACCAGAGCCUGAGGGUGAACCAACCGGACAACCCGAUGAUUCACCCUUUGCAGAACCAGUACCAGCAUGGAAUGAUGCUCUACCCAAGUACAAAUGGGCGUGGCCGUUUCACAUCUAUCUGCUUGGAGUCCUCUUUGCUCUUCUCGCUAUCUACUCAUUAGGAAGCAUCAUCAAAUUACGGCAGCGACGCCUGCUCAGCUAUGGCUACUUCAUCGCCCUGAACCUGCUGAUGCUCCUCAUGGGUGUCAUCAGGGCUGUCUAUCUGCUUGUGGAUGCCUACAAUUACAAGGGUAUCUGGCCCAACGUGGUAGCGUACCUGUUCCUAGGUACAGGGUUUCCCUGCCUGACCUCGGCAUUUAGUAUUCUCUUUAUGGCCUUGCUGCAAUCGACGAAAACCCGCCUAGUACCACCGACGAUACAGAAGCCAAAGUUCCUGGCGGGGUUGUCAUCUUUCAUUUUGCCUUUGCCUUCAUAGCUGAUGUUGUGGU